CUUCAAAAUACUUCUAUAAAUUACUACAUAUGUUGAUUUAUGUAUGUUUUGGGGGAGACCAGGAAUUGGCUCUCUCUCUCUCUCUCUCACGUUUCUACUUCCAAGAAUUCCCAUUCAGUUUGAAAGUUGCCACAUCUCCACAAGUAUACUUGUUAAUUCUUUGUCAGUGAUUUUGAAUCCAUGUGUAAAUGAUGGAGAAAGCAAACUCGUCUGGAGGACUACUAAGAACUAAGUCAGAUCAACUGUUGGAAACAGUAAUGGCGGCAAUGAAGUCACCGAUGUCGAACGAGGCUGUAGGAGGGGCUGAGGCCGGUAGCGGAACCCUAUCGAGGAAAUCGAGCAAAACAUUAUUGACAGCAGCCUCGCCAGGGCGCACUAGUAGCAGUAGUAAGAACACACACAUUAGGAAGACUAGGAGUGCCCAAAUGAAGCUAGACCUAGAUGAGGUCAGCAGCGGAGCCGCCCUAAGCCGAGCCUCUAGUGCCAGCUUAGGAUUCUCCUUCUCCUUCACCGGCUUCACCAUGCCGCCCGAUGACAUCUCCGAUUCCCAACCAUUUAGCGACGAUGACAUUGCGGAGGAUCUUGAAGCUGGCAUACACAAGAAGAGGAUUCAAGCAGAACCAACCUUGCCUAUCUAUCUCAAGUUUACGGACGUGACAUACAAGGUGGUUAUAAAAGGAGUGACAUCAACAGUGGAGAAAGAAAUAUUGAAUGGGAUUUCUGGUUCGGUGAAUCCUGGAGAAGUUUUGGCAUUGAUGGGGCCUUCGGGGAGUGGAAAGACUACACUUCUAAGUCUGCUCGGUGGCAGAGUGAGAGGGUCGAUACCAGGAGGUUCAAUUACUUAUAAUGACCAGCCAUAUUCGAAGUUCCUAAAGAGCAGGAUAGGAUUCGUGACUCAAGACGACGUGCUCUUUCCUCACCUUACAGUGAGGGAAACAUUAACAUAUGCAGCACUCCUACGGCUUCCAAAGACAUUGACAAAACAGGAAAAGGAAAAACGAGCCAUAGACGUAAUCGACGAGUUGGGCUUGGAGAGGUGUCAAGACACUAUGAUCGGUGGCUCUUUUGUUCGGGGAGUUUCAGGAGGAGAGAGGAAGCGUGUCUGUAUUGGCAAUGAGAUUAUAAUCAACCCUUCUCUUUUGUUUCUCGAUGAACCAACCUCUGGCCUGGAUUCUACAACUGCUUUGAGGAUCGUUCAAAUCUUACAAGACAUAGCUGAGGGUGGGAAAACAGUGAUCACCACAAUCCACCAGCCAUCCAGCAGACUCUUCCACAAAUUUGACAAGUUAAUCCUUCUUGGAAAAGGAAGUUUGCUUUAUUUUGGAAAGGCAUCAGAAGCAAUGGUUUAUUUUUCAUCCAUCGGAUGCUCCCCACUAAUUGCCAUGAAUCCAGCAGAGUUCCUGCUAGACCUCGCAAAUGGUAACAUAAAUGAUGUCUCUGUACCAUCCGAAUUGGAGGACAGAGUGCAAAUGGGAAACUCAGAAACAGAGACAAGAAAUGGGAAGCCCUCUCCUGCAGUUGUUCAUGAGUAUCUAGUAGAGGCUUAUGAGACAAGAGCAGCAGACAAUGAGAAAAAGAAGCUUAUGAUUCCUAUACCAAUUGAUGAAGAACUGAAGUCAAAAGUGUAUACUUCAAAGCGAGAAUGGGGAGCAAGCUGGUGGAAACAGUUCUCCAUAUUAUUCUGUAGAGGACUCAAAGAACGGCGCCAUGACUAUUUUAGCUGGUUGAGAAUUACACAAGUUCUCGCUACUGCGGUUAUUUUGGGAUUGCUCUGGUGGCAAUCAGAUGGUAAUAGCCCCCAAAACCUGCAAGAUCAGGCGGGGCUGCUUUUCUUCAUUGCUGUCUUCUGGGGAUUUUUUCCAGUCUUCACAGCAAUCUUCACGUUUCCUCAAGAAAGAGCCAUGCUGAACAAGGAACGAGCAGCCGACAUGUACAGACUAAGCGCAUAUUUUGUGGCUAGGACUACAAGCGACCUUCCUCUGGACCUUUUACUGCCCGUUCUUUUCCUUCUUGUGGUCUAUUUUAUGGCAGGCUUGAGAAAGACUGCUGGUCCAUUUUUUCUAACCAUGGUUACGGUGUUCCUCUGCAUUGUGGCAGCUCAGGGACUUGGACUAGCUAUUGGGGCUACACUGAUGGACUUAAAGAGAGCAACAACUUUGGCCUCUGUAACAGUAAUGACCUUCAUGUUGGCUGGUGGAUACUUUGUGGCGAAAGUUCCAGUAUUCAUAUCAUGGCUCCGCUAUCUGUCUUUCAACUAUCACACAUACAAACUUCUUCUGAAGGUGCAGUACGAACACAUUACUGACUCAAUCAAUGGAGUGAAAAUAGACAGCGGUUUAACUGAAGUUAGUUGCCUCCUGGCCAUGGUUGUUGGUUACCGUCUCUUGGCAUACCUAUCUUUGCGAAGGACGAAGCUCUAGCUGGGAGGUUAAAGGAGAGAAGAUUUUUUGAGUGAGGACAAAGCUGAGCACAUUAGCUAGCUUCUGCUUUCUACCAAUCGAAGAGCUAUCUAGAGAAGACUCUGAGAUACAGGGUCACAAAUCGGAAACUAAACCACUGAUCCAGAACUUUUAUGAGCUUUUUUGCACCUCUAAGAAACCUAAACCCUUAAUGUAGCGGAAAAUACCAUAAAGGAGAAUAUUAUAUAUUAUCACAGGCAUGUACGUGGAUGUAACUGCCCAAAGUUUCCUUGUGGUUGGUUUUACAUACAUUUUGAACUCAAUAUAAAGAUAGGUCCUUCACAUUUGUGAGAGUACUUUAUCUGUUGUAACCAACUGCUACUCAUACAUAUCUAUUAAAUCCAGGUAGCAUCUCAAAAA